AAAGGCAACAGUGCGCUCCUCUGCUCCCGCACAUCCCGCUGCACGCGCUGAUGACGGACCUGCUGACCGGAGAGAAGCGCGAGCUCUGACAUUUAUUCAAAAUCAAUCAUUUCUAUUCGUGCCUUUCCUGAUCACAGAACUAUCCGGGGAAAAAUGGAAGGUUUUGGGAAAGUCUUAUUCCAUCACAGGUUGUCAGUCAUGUCUGGCUCGUGCGUAAAGUGGAGCGCAGCGCGCGGGCGCGUAACUGGACAUGUUGGCUGUCAGUGCGCGUGAGAUGCUCUACGAUGAUCCUGGAUUUUAAUUAACGAUGGGCGCGAAUAUCCCCGAGUCCAACUCCAGUGGUCACCUGACUCCCGCGGUGUCCGAGGCUGGGGCCGUGCUCCCGGGCUACCUGCUGGUGAUCCUGUCGGUCCUCAUGGUGACUCUGGUUGUCGUGGUGGUUGCUGGGAACGCGCUGGUCAUCAUGGCUUUUAUUGUGGAUAAAACGCUGAGGACUCAGAGUAACUACUUCUUCCUGAACCUGGCCAUAUCUGAUUUUCUCGUGGGUGCUUUCUGCAUCCCAGUGUACAUCCCGUACAACCUGACGGGCCGCUGGAUGCUGGGUAAGGGUCUCUGCAAGGUGUGGCUGGUCAUGGACUACCUGCUCUGCACCGCCUCAGUCUUCAACAUCGUCCUCAUCAGCUAUGACCGCUUCCUGUCAGUCACCAGAGCAGUUAAAUACAGAGCGCAGAGAAACAUGACGCGCCAGGCUGUGUUCAAGAUGGUGGCCGUCUGGGCGCUGGCCUUCCUUCUCUACGGCCCCGCCAUCAUCUUCUGGGAAGUGAUCCGGGGCCACAGCGUCGUCCCCGCUCACGAGUGCUACGCCGAGUUUUAUUUUACCUGGUACUUCCUGCUCUGCGCCUCUACCUUUGAGUUCUUCACGCCGUUUGUGUCGGUGGCGUUCUUCAACCUCAGCAUUUACCUGAACAUCCAUCGCAGGAACAAAAACUUAGGAGCCGGCCUCGGGGACGAGUUAAAGGUGCAGAGGAUCACUAAGAAGCACAAAGACGGAGCCGGCUGGUCUGUGUUUUUUGUGAAGACUCGGAAGGUUUCGUGCAGUGAGCCAGCUGCCAUAUCUCCAGUUAUCGAGGACGAGGAUGUGAUAUCUUACAGCGCGGACCCGACUAACAGUCAGGUUCUCAUGCAGAGGGAGAAGUUGUCUCCCAACAGAAAGGACUCCAGACUGUUUGAGCACUCACCCUCCUGCACGGUGCCCGGACGCAGGGCGCAGGGAUCUCGCCUCACACGGGACAAAAAAAUCGCCAAAUCUUUGGCCAUCAUUGUCUGUAUUUUUGGGAUUUGCUGGGCUCCUUACACUCUGCUGAUGAUUAUCCGUGCCGCCUGCAGCGGUAAGUGUGUGCAAAACUACUGGUACGAGAUGACAUUCUGGCUCCUGUGGCUCAACUCGGCCAUUAACCCUUUCCUGUACCCGCUGUGCCACAGCAGCUUCCGAAGGGCUUUCUCCAAAAUACUGUGUCCUAAAAGACAAUCAGUCCAGCCUCAAAUGGAGCCUCAGUCCUGUUAGACCAACCAUGAUGCACUUCCACGCUUUAUGAAUGCAGUAACCGCUGUAAGUCAAACACUGUAAAAACCCAUCUACUGUCUUCCAUCGAUCAAAAAAUCCAGUUUUCAAAAGGAGGAGGAAAAUAGGAGGAACGUUUGCUUUUAAGGGGAACUCCAGAAUCUUUGAAACUGGGAGAUGUUUUUCAUAUUUCAAAAUCAAAGUAAUUCUCCUGAAUGUUGUUUUUGUCCCUGACAGGCUCAGAUUUGUAUUCUAAGUGGCUGACGACAAAAAGGGAUUCCUACAGAGAUAGACCUUUUUGUUAAAGAGGAAGAUGUCGUUGCUGACACCAGAAAAGCCCUUACAUCAUUGUGUUUCUUGAUAAGAAAAUGAUACUCAUUUUGAAGAACACAGAAGUAUGUGGUCUAAGAGCUGGUCCUUACAGCCAUGAGCAUUAGAUGCCGUGCAGCAUCGGGUGUUCACUGUCCACACUGCAUUUGUUAAAAAUGGACUUCUCUGCUCAGUGUUUUUUCAGUUUCCAUUUGCAAACAGUUUAGCAUCUAGUGCAUUUAUUUUGAAGAUGAAGAAACAGAAGUGUGGUGCUUUGUAUUCACAGGCAUUUAACAUCGGUAAGCUGAAAAAGGUUUUCCCCUGUGUAAAAGAAGUCAAAGCACAACAUUUAUAUAUGAAUAUUAUCAAUGCAUCGCUUUUCUAACUUUUAAAACAAGCUAACAAGCUCUGUUGAAGGAGGAAAGCGUCAAGUAAAUUUUUGUUUCAGACACUCCCAGCGUCUUGUUCCUUGUCUACUUGAGGGACAGGCAGGGAUAUAGAAACAGGGUAUCAGGGUACAAUUCAACAGGCUCUUGUGACUUGGCUGAAUCCAAAGGUCAGACAACAACUGGUCCAUGGCCUGUUGCUGCCUGAACGGUGUGUCUCUGUUAAGUUUCAAUCUCUCAAACUCCAACACUUGUCGUGAUGCAUCGCUCAUGAACUGUUAGGACACUCCAGGAACCAAUGUAAUCAAGCUGAUUUUGUUGUUAACACUGUGUCCUAACAGCACGUGAGGCGAGCGAGUGUCAGUAUCAAAAUAAGCCCUACACUGUGUCCUAACAGCACGUGAGGCGAGCGAGUGUCAGUAUCAAAAUAAGCCCUACACUGUGUCCUAAAAGCACGCGAGGCGAGCGAACAUCAGAAUCAAAAUAAGCCCCACACCGUGUCCUAAAAGCACGUGAGGCGAGUGAACGUCAGUAUCAAAAUAAGCCCCACACCGUGUCCUAAAAGCACACGAGGCGAGCGAACAUCAGAAUCAAAAUAAGCCCUACAUCGUGUCCUAACAGCACGCGAGGCGAGCGAACAUCAGAAUCAAAAUAAGCCCCACACCGUGUCCUAAAGGCAUUCGAGGCGAGCGAACAUCAGAAUCAAAAUAAGCCCUACAUCGUGUCCUAACAACAUGCGACUGUCACAUAUCACGUUCUGUCGCGCAGCAACGGACGCUCGCUGUCCACAUUGCAUGCGUUAAAUAUUUAAUUAUAUGCUCUGUAAAUUUCAGUGUCCCCCCUUGCAAAGAGAAUAACAUCUAGUGCUUUGGACUGAAAGUUGACAAACAGAUGUUUGGUGCUUUGUAUUGACACUAGUCAAAGCUCAACAUUUCAAUCAUGGUUGUACAUAUUAUCAAAGCACCGUCAUCUCUCCUUUGUAAGAUGAGCUACCAGGCUCUGUUGAGUGAGAAAAGCGAGCUUCAGUGCCUUGUAGAGCCCCCUCCUUCCUCGUUGCCUGUCCGUUGACGCGAGCGUCAGAGAGGAAUAUAGAAAUGGGGCGUCGGAGUAAAAACAGCACGCUGCUAGCGGGCAGUUAGGACACUCAAAUAGGAAUAAAUAGAAUCAGGCUGAUUUUGUCGCUGACACUUGCUCGCGUACUGUUAGGACAGGCUGUUAAAGGUGUCUGUCAGCUUCAAAGAGAGUGAUGUAACAGCUAAUUCUGGUUUAACAAAAGAUCUUAUUCUUUAAUAAAAAGGUCUCUCUCUGUAGGGAUCCUUUCUUGUCAGACACUUGGAAUAACAAUCUGAACCUGUCAGUGACUAAAACAACUUGUAAUUGUCAGCCUUUAAUUAGAAGCAUUUCCCACCAAGGAUUGUGUUGCAGCAACUACAUCUGUGUGUUAAUCUUCUGCAGCAACUUCAAUAUUUUUUUUAAUUAUAACAUAAUUAAAAUAGAGCCCUUUGAAUAUACUGUUUUUUAUAUAUAUUAAAUGUCUGUUAAUCGUUAAUCUUUCAAAGUAAUUUGAGGUUAAUUUGAUAAACAAUUAACAAAUCCUUUAACUUUAACUCUUACAUGGUAAGAUAGAUCGAGGACAACCUGUACUUUGGAGAGCUUCUUCAAUAAAGAGCCCCAAUGCUCAUCUCUGCCCCGGGCGCUUUUAUUGUGAAAUGCUGUCUGACCUACAUUAAGGUACAUGAAAAAGGUUUCUGUUAUUUGUAGAUUUUCUACACAGAAACAUGUGUACUUUACAGUUUUCUAAGUCAGAAUGGCCUUUAAUCUAUUGACAUUGUAAAUUUUUUUUUUUUUUUUUCGAAAACACCGGUGUUGUGGUUUAAAAAGUGACCAUGGUUGUCAUAGUUAGAUGCAGAACAUGGAAAGUGUUCUUACAAAUUUUGAUUUGUUACUUAGUUUUAUAUUGUAAUGUCAAAAAUAUCAAUCAUGUACGUCUUUAACUACAACCAUGGACACAAUCGGCUGAAAGCCACUAGUUAACACAGGCGCUCUUUAAAGCAUAACACCGGUUAACGUUAGUGUAAACUUCAGUGGAUUAUUAACAGAAUGAUUCGGCUCUGCUGAUAUUCUUGUUUGAAGUGAGUUGAGUGAGUUAUAUUUGACAGCAAUACGACAGUUCAAUAUGAGAACGUGAGGGGAAAGAAAAACGUCCCUAAACUUUUCUUAUAAUCACAAUGAUUAAACUUUAAUGACCGGGUGGAGAGAGGAGGCUCAUAGCACUUUUAAACGCAGAUAUAAUUGCACCUUGAUGAAAGCAGAAAUCAGACCACGUCUUUAUAUCAGAAUGUGUUACCACCUCCUCUGAAAGUAGGACAGGAGAAUGUGACGCGGUUUCCUGUUUUCUAACCACUCGUUUCUUUAUGUGCUGAAGUCGGGGAAAUGGUGACUUGUGCAGCCGGAAAGACUUUGAUGAGAGAUAUUACACAAGAACGGCAGCACGCCCAUUUGUCAAAUUACAAUCUGUCUGUAAGAAAGCACAGUGGAGAGAAACACAUUUUUUUUCUCCAGAGAACACCUUUCCACUCUUACUCAGCUUAAAUGGAAAUUAAGGAUUCUAGGGUCUUUUAUGGUUUCAUAAUGUUUGUGCCUGCACAUUAAAAACCUUUUCACUUCACAGUUUAAGAUCCAUGGCUGAAGAAGAAGAGAGCCUUUUUCAAACGUCUUCAAAAACAUCCUCCAUGCCUCUCAUCAUGCAGCAAUAGGACGAUGAAAAGCAGAAUAACCUGUGUUUGUGAAGCGACUACUUAGUGAACUAUAAUCACAGUGAUGUUUUAUUUCAUUCGAACUGAAAAAUGGGCAAAGGGCAACACUGAAUCUGCACUUAAACUUAAAAAAGAUGUCUUUGUUGAUGAUGAAUACAUGUAAGGCACUAUGAUGUGGGAGCAGUAUUAAAGGUUUUGUAUAAAAAAAU